UCCUAUUCUCUUGUUUAUAGAUCUAAAAUCUAAAAUAAGCAUAAAUCUACUAAUUAAAAUAUUUAAAUAGAUCUAGACGACUAGAUUAGAUCUAUGUAGUAUAUUUAUAGAGUCUAUCUAUUGUAGAUUCUGGUCUACCUGAACACCGACUUUCGGGAUCUAGAUCUAGAUUGAGAUCUUUAUCCAUAUUAGAUGAUCUAGAAUCUAGGGUCUAGUCACUCUUAAUCUGAAAUAGAAAUCUAGAUCUAGACUAAUCUAGACAGACAAGAAAAUGAGUGACUCUUUGAAAGAGAUGAGAGAGCGUUCCAAAAAACGCAAACAGUUGCUAGCGCAAGUGUAUGGAACCAACAAUUUGAAAACUAUCUUGAAAACUCACGAUGAUGAUGAUGUCAAGCUCACUGCCAAGAAAGAGAAAUCUAGUGAAAGUCCAUUUGACUCAUCAUCAUCUUCUCCCUCAGUCCCGUCCAUUUCUCUUCAGUUUAAUAAGCAGAGAUCUCCUGAUGUUGGACCAAGUGGGGAAGGAUAUAAAGAUGAUUUUGAAACAGAUGAAGUUUAUACUGAUUCAAGUGCAUUUCUUAAGGGUACUCAGAGUGCUAAUCCACAUAAUGAUUAUUGCCAGCAUUUUGUUGACACGGGAGAGAGACCACAAAAUUUUAUUAGAGAUGUUGGAUUAGCUAAUAGAUUUGAAGAGUAUCCCAAACUAAGAGAACUGAUUCGUUUAAAAGAUGAGCUUAUAGAAAAAACUAAUGGGCCACCUAUGUAUCUUCAAGCAGAUUUAGAAUAUUUUGACCUGAGGAAUUUGAAAUGCAAAUUUGAUGUCAUACUUCUAGAACCACCUCUAGAAGAAUAUCAAAGAACUCAGGGAGCUGUGUUUGAGAAAUAUUGGGAUUGGGAUGAGAUUGAAGCAUUAGAUAUUCCAGCAGUGGCAGCACAAAGGUCUUUUCUUUGGAUCUGGUGUGGCAAUGCUGAGGGUUUGGAAAGAGGAAGAUUGUGUUUAAAACGUUGGGGCUUUCGUAGGUGUGAGGAUAUUUGUUGGAUCAAAACUAAUCUUAAAAAUCCUGGACAUAACAAAAACUUGGAACCCAAUGCGAUAUUUCAGCGUACUAAGGAGCAUUGUCUUAUGGGAAUCAAAGGAACAGUAAAACGUAGCACUGAUGGUGACUUCAUUCAUGCCAAUGUUGAUAUUGAUCUCAUAAUUGAAGAAGAGCCAGAAUAUGGCUCCAAAGACAAGCCUGUAGAAAUUUUUCACAUUAUUGAACAUUUUUGUCUGGGAAGAAGAAGACUCCAUCUGUUUGGUCGUAACAUCAGAUCAGGAUGGUUAGCUGUAGGACCAGGACUGCCUAGUUCCAACUUCGACGCAGAUACUUACAAAAGUUACUAUGAAUCCCAACCAGACGCCUACCUGACUGGCUGUUCUGAAGAAAUAGAGAGACUUAGGCCAAAGUCUCCUACUCCCAAAAAUAAACAAGCCCCUCAGCAAGGUGGAGAGAGGGGAGGAAGAGGAGGAAGGGGUCGAGGAGGAUCAGGAAGAGGUCCCCAAGGCACAGGUGGACAAGGAGCUCCACAGGGACGGGGAGCUAUUUCAGGGAGGUUUAGAGGAUCAGGAAGAGGAGGGGGUUUUAAAAUGCGAGGUAUGAGAGAUGAUAUACGAUGAGCUGUUUGAGUAUUUUUUUAUUUUUUCAUAUUUGUGCUAACUGUAGUAUAAUUGUAUAUAGAUGUACUCAAAAUAUGUUUUUGUUUUGUAUUGUAAUGCUCAGAUAAUUAUACCACCACUUUUGUCUGAAACAUUUUAUUUCUUGUUACCAACAUAAAAAUGCAUUUUUACAAUAAAAGAGCAAAAGUC